UUAAUUACUCUUGUGAAUGACAUUUUUCCUUAAGUAAUGCAUUGGUAGGACCAGUAUGAAGUACCAGUGAUGCUCUAUUAUGUUUAGUAUCUAUUGGUAACCAUUACAUAUAAUUCUAUUCCAACAUGUGUUUUAUUGGUUUUGGAGAAACUAGGUGCAGAUUUCUUUAUGUUUCACAACAAAACUAUUCACAGGAUUUAUUUUACUGAGUGGAAGUUAGACAUGGAUGCAAAAGAGAGAUGAAGACGGUUUUCUAGGCAAUGCUGGAAUGCUUCACUGCAAUACUGCGGUCAUGAACUGUUUAACAUUAAUGUAGUUUUAGUUUAGCAUGUUUCACGUGGAUUAUUUUAGAUGAAACUGAAUCUUCUUCAAAUCACUGUAGAGAAGAGGGAAGGAAAAUACGACUUAAAAAUUAAAUCACAGGAAGAAUUAGUUAAAUACCUCCAAACAAGACAAUGCGUGAGGAAAACUUGCAUCACCUCUGUAGAACUGCCAUAUAACAUUUGAACUCAGGGUGUCACUAUAGACCAACUGAGGAAGCUAAUAUUUAGUCCGCUCUGCACACCACCCAUGACUGGGAUCUACCGCUCUGUAGUCUUUAGUCUUCAGCGUCGGUGUCAAAUGGUUCGAAAUCACUUCUAUUAAUCGAAUCGAGCGUUUUAGUGCCUGAAAUGAACGCGUUUCUGUUUGUGAAGUACUAUCCGAUGACGAUGAAUAAGCAGCGCGUUCUCCGGAGCUAUUGCUUUGUCUUUUUCUUUGUAUUGGCGAGCGACGCCCGCGGAGACCUGACCUAUUCUGUACAGGAGGAGCUGAAACACGGAUCUGUCAUUGGAAAUGUUGCCAAGGAUCUCGGACUGGAUGCGAACAGACUGUUUGCUCGUAAAGCUCGUGUUGACAUGGAAGGAAGCGACAGACAAUAUUGCGGAAUUAACCAGAGAAACGGAGAUUUACUCGUUGCGGAGAGAAUAGACCGAGAGGAGCACUGUGGGGAAAGGCCUUCGUGUGUGCUAAGGUUCGACCUGCUGUUAGAGAAUCCGCUGGAGUUACACCGGUUGUCUCUGCAGGUGCAGGACAUUAACGACAAUGCACCAGUCUUUCCGAAGGAUGUUAUAAAGCUUGAUAUUAGAGAAUCGGGGGUCAAAGGAGCGAGGUACCGCAUUAAUGCAGCACAAGAUGCCGACAUAGGGCAGAACUCCGUUCAAAGGUACAUCUUGCAACAAAACCCCCACUUUGUGUUCAGCAGUCAGACGACAAAUUCUGGAAAUAAAUACGGAGAGUUAGUUUUGGAUAAGGAGUUAGACCGAGAGGAGCAGCAGGAAAUUAAGUUGUUGCUGACAGCUGUGGAUGGUGGUUCUCCCCAGAAAUCCGGGACAGUAGUCAUACAUGUCAUUGUGCUCGAUGCUAAUGAUAACGCUCCGGUGUUCACGGAGGCUAUAUAUACAGCCAGUAUACCCGAAAACUCACCGUUGAAAACCCCAGUUAUCACAGUAAGUGCAUCUGAUGCAGACGAAGGUGUAAAUGGAGAAGUGACUUACGAAUUUAGUCGACUCUCUGAUAAAUCACAAAAGCUUUUUUCACUCGACCAGAAAACUGGAGAAAUCCAAGUAACAGGUGUCAUAGAUUAUGAAGAAGGAUCUAAAUAUGAAGUGAUGAUUGAGGCCAAAGAUGGUUAUGGUCUGUCUUCAGAGGCAAAAGUGAUUAUUGACAUCACUGAUAUAAAUGACAAUCCUCCAGUGAUAUAUUUGAAGUCUCUGUCUAACCCCAUACCUGAGAAUGUUUCACCUGGUACAGAGGUGGGAAUAAUUAACGUUCAGGACAGAGACUCUGAGAAAAAUCGACAGGUCCGCUGUUCCAUCCAGCGAAACGUCCCUUUUAAGUUGGUUCCUUCUAUUAAAAACUAUUAUUCUCUGGUGACCACUGGACAACUGGACCGUGAACUAGUGUCUGAUUACAACAUUACAAUCACUGCCACUGACGAGGGCUCUCCACCUCUGUCCUCCUCUAAAACUUUUGAAUUAUCCGUAGCUGACAUCAAUGACAACCCACCUGUGUUUGAGGAACAGUCCUACAGUGCAUAUGUGAAUGAAAAUAACAAACCUGGCUCCACUUUAUGUUCCGUUACUGCUCGAGACCCCGACUGGAGACAAAAUGGUACAGUGAUUUAUUCUCUGUUAGCUGGUGAGGUCAACAGUGCCCCAGUGUCCUCCUAUGUAUCUGUUAAUGGAGACACAGGUGUGAUCCACACUGUGAGGUCAUUUGAUUAUGAACAGUUCAGGAGUUUUAAAGUUCACGUGAUGGCCAGAGACAACGGUUCUCCUCCACUCAGCAGCAACGUGACAGUGAAUGUGUUCAUAUUGGAUGUAAAUGACAACUCUCCUCAGAUACUGUACCCUGCCCCAGAGGGCAACUCAUUCAUGACUGAGCUGGUCCCCAAAGCUGCACAUGGAGGCUCUCUGGUGUCCAAAGUGAUAGCGGUGGACGCAGACUCUGGACAGAACGCCUGGCUGUCCUAUCAUAUAGUCAAAUCCACUGAUCCUGGACUUUUCACUAUUGGUCUCCACAGUGGAGAGAUCAGGACACAGCGGGACAUUUCUGAAUCUGACAGCAUGAAACAGAACCUUAUUGUGGCAGUGAAAGAUAACGGACAGCCCUCUCUCUCUGCCACCUGCUCCAUGUAUUUACUUAUUUCUGAUAACUUGACUGAGGUGCCAGAACUGAAGGACAUUUCUUAUGAUGAGAAGAAUUCCAAACUGACGUCUUAUCUGAUAAUUGCUCUGGUGUCUGUGUCCACCUUCUUUCUGACCUUCAUCAUCAUCAUCCUGGGUGUGAGGUUUUGUCACAGGAGAAAGCCCAGACUGUUGUUUGAUGGAGCAGUUGCCAUCCCCAGCGCUUAUCUCCCUCCUAACUACGCAGAUGUUGACGGCACGGGAACUUUACGCAGCGCUUACAAUUAUGACGCCUACCUGACAACAGGUUCAAGAACCAGUGAUUUUAAGUUUGUGACAUCUUACAAUGACAACACGCUGCCUGCUGACCAGACUCUGAGGAAAAGCCCUUCAGACUUUGCUGAUGUGUUUGGAGAUGGUGAUAGUUCUCCUGAGGUAGGCAAUAUUUACGUGCACUUUUUCGACCGCUCCUAUUAACACGCUUAAUCUUCAUGCCUGCAUUUGAGCGUGUUUCACCUGCUUUUUAAGUUUUCCAUUCAUUUCACGAAGAUAUUGAAAAUUUUGGAAGGAUUUUGGAUCUACUUUUUCAUAAUAUUCCGAAAUUGUUUUUUCCUGUUCUUGCGAGCU